GGAGAAUUGAGGGUGUGCGCGCGCUAUAUAUAUAUAUAUGGCAUAUCCCGUCCGGUGGGUUCUCCAUCCUUCGUUCUUCUUUCACUGCAUCCAGUUUCACUCUUGCUUGCUCUUUCGACCAACAUUACACAAUGCGUUCUUCGAUGCUAAUUGCUUUCCUGUCUGUCAUCUGCACCGUCUGUGCUGUUCCUGUCGUCCAAAGCGGCGAGGAUCGCGCUCCCAGCAAGAUCGAGUCCACCGCUCCCGCCUGGAUCCACCCAGUGGACAACAAGGUCCAAGACAGAGCCGUCCCUGAAUCCACGCCCCCGACGUGGGUCCAUCCGCGCGACGAGCCUGUUCCGGUAGAGCAAGUCGCCAACGCGCCGUCUAACAACGAACGCUAUUCGAUCGGACAGGAGUCGACGCCGCCGACGUGGGUCCACCCGCACGCGAUUCCGAACGCAGUCCAGGGCCGGGAAAUCGCGAAAUCGACCGCCCCGCCCUGGGUGCACGCGCCCGCCGAGGCUGAGGCCGAGGCCGAGUCCGAGCCAGCGGAAGCCAGCCCGGAUGCGAAGCCCACGGCUCCGACGUGGAAGCGCGUGCCCGCGGGCGCGGCGACGCACAGCGCGACUGGCGUGCCUGUGCCGCGUGCGACCGGUGCGCGGGGCGAUGCGCCCACCUGGCGGCUUGUCGACGACGAAGACGUCGACGCGUGAGAGGCGUGGCGUGAGUGGGGGUGUCCGCGAUAUUUAUCUCUUCAAUUCGUGAUUUAUUGUUUUCGUGUUUAUCUAUCGAAUUAGGUUGUCUAGUAUAUAUUAUCUAUGUAUUUAUCGUAGCGUAUCUGACCUGCACUCGCUGUUCUGUUUACGGCAGACUCAAUGCUGCGAUGAUCACUGUUACUGCACUGCACCCGCGCCUCGGACCCGGACCCGGAUCCGGCUCACACGAAUACCCGCGCAGCAGCGGCGUUUUUGCUGCUGCGGGGCAUGUGAAACUGCACUGUGCCUCUCCAACCCAGUGAUGGUCCAGUGACGUUGUCGGGGGCAGUAGCUUCUCGCCCCCCGUCGGUGUGCUCUGGCACAUGAUUCUAGAGCUGGAAAGGCAUCGGCGUACGUACCCAGCGCAAGGCAGUCCGUGGCAUCGCUCGCCCAGUUGAUAAGUACCGCCCCUCCGAAGAUCACCCGUGCGUGCUCGAGAUACAUUAUAUUGUGCACAUACAUCGAUGGGGGGGUAGCUCACAAAAGACCAGCGGUGUCACCCACGACGCCGUUGCGCCCACUUCUGUGUGUGCGCGCGCGGCUUCUCGACUCUGCAGCCGAAGCGUGCAGCAGCAGCAGCAGAGGGGGCGGCCGGGACCGGGUUUUCGCACGCAUGGACGCCGUUAAUAUAACGCAGAGAACACCACGGACACAUCGUGAUGAUCACGGACGAGAGGGGGGAACGCCGAACGGAACGCCGUGGGUUGUCGAGCGUUGACAGAUAGAUCUUCCCCGCGGCAUGUGCCCGUGGGGAGCGCGCCAGUUCUCGACAUGGUGGGGGGCAGGUGGGAGCCGCCACUGGCUCAACUCCAGGCACACGAGGUUCCGACUGGAUGCUUGCUCCAGCUGGACCCUACGCAGCGAUGGGAACUGCAGCCGGAGGAGGAGCAAGAGCCAGAGCCUGACUGACUGACUGACUGACAUCUGAGCGCGAGAAUCUGGAUCCCGAUAUCAGCCCGAAGGCACGGAAAUGAAUGCGAACGCGGAGAUUGUCCCGUGUGCCGAUGUGCGAAAAAUAACCGUCAGCGGACUCCCACCCGAAGGGGAAACUCCGUCAAGCGCCGGCGGCGCCACCUGAUGGAACCAGCAGCAGCACAGAGCGGGACGAAUGCACGCGGAGUAUCCUCCACCAGCGAGGACAUGCAAUGCCCGCUGCUGCUGCUGUUAACUGCUGCAACAGCUGUAAAGGCACCAACCGGCAGCGGGAUCCCGGCCGACCUGCGGCACAGCA